UCUUGUGACUAAUAAAUUUAACGAACAGGACAUUUCCGCAGACUCUGUUGUAGCAGCUCGCGCUUUGUUAGCCUCAAAAGAAUUCAAAUUCUCCGAAAUCGGGAUCUCUGUUUCCCAUGGCGGUUCUGUUUGUGACUCUGGUGGCGCUGUUCAUCUCGUGUCAGGCGAAAUAUCUGCACGAACCACUCAAGGUAGAAGAGAUUGAUUACAUCAACACGUACGCAACUUGGAAAGCAGAUCCAGAUUACGCUGGUUACGAUGCUGAGUAUUUCAAGCGUUUAUGCGGCGUCCCGCUAGAUGAUCAGAUCAAACCGAAGCCAUUAAAGCUGGGGAUCUUGGCAGUGAAGACAGAUUAUGAAAUCAUUGAGCAAGAGAUACCAUCCACAUUUGACUCCAGGGAACAAUGGUCUGAUUGUCCAUCAACAAAUGAAAUCCGGGACCAAGGUGCUUGUGGAAGUUGCUGGGCAUUUGGAGCUGUGGAGGCUAUGACAGACAGAAUCUGUAUUAAGUCAAAUGGAAAACUGACACCUCACAUUUCUGCUGAAGAUUUGCUUUCCUGCUGUUCAUCUUGUGGAAUGGGAUGCAAUGGAGGAUUCCCUGAAGCCGCUUGGGAGUACUGGAAAAGUAGAGGUUUAGUCACAGGAGGACAGUAUGACUCCCAUAAAGGAUGUCAGCCAUACUUGGUGAAAGCUUGUGAUCACCAUGUUGUGGGAAAACUGCAACCUUGCAGCAAAACAAUUGUUCCUACACCUAGAUGUGAAAAGAAGUGUGAACCAGGUUAUAAUGUUAGUUAUGAAGAUGACAAGAGGUAUGGAGAGAGUUCUUACACUGUGAGCAGUGAAAUGGAACAGAUUCAAAAGGAAAUCAUGACAAAUGGUCCUGUAGAGGGAGCCUUCACUGUUUAUUCUGAUUUCCCUUCUUACAAGAGUGGUGUUUAUCAACACACAACAGGACAGCCCCUUGGUGGUCAUGCUAUAAAGAUCCUAGGCUGGGGUACAGAGAAUGACACACCUUAUUGGCUUGUGGCCAAUUCCUGGAACACAGACUGGGGAGACAAAGGAUACUUUAAGAUUUUGCGAGGCAAAGAUGAAUGCGGUAUUGAGUCCGGUAUUGUGGCCGGCAUGCCAAAAAUAGCAGAUGAAGCCCCAAAGAAUGUGCUUCUUUAAACUACAACCUAUAACCUGAUGAUUAAAUAAUAGAUUUUGUAGUUGCUAUGCCUUGAAUUAAAACAUAAUUUCACAACAGUGUUUCUUCAAGUCAUUUUUCAAGAGAAUUCACUAUUUACUGAUAAAUAAAAUAUCCUGCAUAAAUUUAGAAUAAUGCUGGUAAGGCAAGCAUAAACUUUCAGGUGGUUGACCAGUAGAGUUGUAACAACUAAAAAAAAAUUAACAAAUAUUACAAUUGUACCUUGCAUCAAAAUAAUUUUGGUCAAGAAUGGAAAAUAAAAAUAAUUGGAAAAUGAA